AUGAUAUAUGAACCUUCCGUUGAAUAUGACUCCAUAGUGGCCCAGAAUUCAGGGUUGGGCCAGCUCUUCCACAACCAAGUCUUGCGAACCCCCGACGCCAUUGCAGUGGUUGACGGCCUCUUGAGCCUAACCUACCAUGAACUCCAUAUCAAAUCCCUCGAAAUCGCCAAUGAGCUCCAAAAAGAUCACAUUCUCGUCCGCGAAGAGCCGGUGGGAAUUAUUGUGCGUCACGGCAUUUGGGGCGUCGUUGCCCAGAUGGCGAUCAUCUAUGCAGGUGGCAGUUGUGCAACUAUGGAUCCCACGCUUCCUGCGAGUCAGAUCAAAGCUCGCCUGCAACGCGUACACGCUCAAUAUAUUCUCGUGGAUACUGAAAAUUCUUAUCACACGGAUCUCCUAUCCUCCUUCCACCAGGUUAUCGUGAACACACAGCAACAGCUAUCGACCAUAUCCGAGAUUUCGACAACCUUGGCGCAGCAAACAACAGAAAAACCACUCGAGUCCCCCCUUCCUACUCUCACCGAUAUCGAGCAUCGGUCGCAUAUCAUACAUACAUCAGGGACAACAAGCGAGCCCAAGGCAGUUGAAAUAGUUACGCGCUCUAUUCUGGAGGUGGUGUAUCAUGCACCGUUCGAGCCUCUGCGCUCAACGGAUGUUGUUGCACAUGUCAACAACACCACCUUUGACGUGGCUCUCUUUGACAUCUGGGCUCCAUUGCUUCGAGGCGCUCGGAUUGCUGUACUUCCGAAGACAGUACUCCUGGAUAUGCCUGUUAUGGCAGAGCGCAUCGACAAACUGGGAAUCACCGUCAUGGCUACAACUACUGCGUUGCUCAACCUGGCCGCGGCCACAUUUCCUCAAGCAUUUUCAUUACUGCGAAUGUGUUGGAUCGGUGGCGAGGCGGCAAAUAUGAAGGCCGUAAAGGAAAUCUUCGAUCAUGGUCCACCGGAUAUCCUCAUCAACGCCUAUGGACCCACUGAGUGCUGUGUACUUUGCCUCGCUCAUCGAAUUACAAUCGAAGAUGUCAACGCUGAUAAGGUCAGUAUUGGCAAGCCAAUUGGGAAAACGAUCGCAUAUAUCUGCUCUCCCGAGACUGGCGAGGCCGUGGCUGACGGCGAAGCGGGAGAACUUUGGGUUGCCGGUCCCGGAGUUUCUCGUGGGUAUUUGAACGAAGCCGAGAAAAACUCCAAAGCUUUCGUAUCUGUAGACAUGGUUGGCAAAGAUGGCAUGGCAAUCCAGGUCCACAUGUAUCGCACUGGUGACCUCGUACGGCGAUCACCGGUGAAUGGGCAGAUUGAUUUCCUCGGCCGAGCGGACAAUCAAGUCAAGAUUCGUGGAUAUCGAAUCGAGCUGGAAGCUGUGGAAGAAGCUCUCAGGAAAACAGGCCAAUUCUCUGAUGUUGCAGCUCUCAAAGUCGAUGCGUCUCAAGACGGAGCCAGCUCAUUGCUUGCUGCUUAUGCGGUUCCAGUCUCACCGGAACUCGUGUCGAUUCAACAGGCAACUGAAGUGUUGCGGAGCCUUUUGCCAGAGUACAUGGUUCCUAGAAUCGAGCUUAUCGAAAGGAUGCCUUUGAACUCACAUGCCAAGAUUGAUCGCAAGCAAUUGGCUCAGUAUUAUCGCCAACGGUGGAAUGAGUCGAAGCCCGUGCAGCCUACUGCGGUAUCCAAUUUGAAUUUUCCCGCGGAGGAAGAUGUCAAGGCCAACAACACCACUCGCAAACGCCUGGAAGGUCUUUGGGAUAACAUUCUGGGCUCACCAGACACCAGUAUUUAUCGUGAUUGCGACGAUUUCUUUGAGCUAGGAGGCACCUCCUUACAGGCGUCGCUUUUGAUCAGUCAGAUCCGUGCCGCAUUCAAGUGCGAAAUGUCUUUGUUGGCACUAUAUGACAACUCUACUCUGAGCGCUCUAGCUUCCACAAUCGACAGUGCGCAGGUAAAGGCUCUUACAGCAGUGCGAAAUGAGCGUGAUAUAUGGGUCGCCGAUACCUAUAUUGCAGAUCAUGUGGCCUCUCCUGUGUCUAGACAGGUCGUUGACUGGCGCCGAGACACUGAGGGUCGUGUUUUCUUCACCGGUGCCACCGGAUUUGUCGGCGCUUUCAUGCUCGUUGAUUUGCUAAAGAUGAAGGAAGUUCACCAAAUUGGUUGUCUUGUUCGCGCAUCAAGCCCUGCUAUUGGACUACAGCGACUUAAGGCUGGCAUGGAAAAAUAUGGGCUUUGGGAAGAUCACUUCCAAGAUAAGCUACUUGCACUGCCUGGACUGCUGGAGGAGCCAGACCUAGGCCUGGGUGCUGAGCGAUUUGAAGAAAUCGCGAACUGGGCGAGUGUGAUUUUCCACCUCGGUGCUCGCGUGAACUACACCCAGCCCUACUCGUUGCAUCGCCCAGCCAAUACCCUGGGAACGCUCCAUAUAAUGAAGUUUGCCAUUACAGGUCGUCUCAAGGCAAUGCACUACGUCUCUAGUAUUUCGUGUUUUGGUCCCACAGGGAUGUUUGUUGGGACUCGACGGGUAUUGGAGGAUGAAUGUUUGAUGAAGCAUUUGGAUGCCUUGCCCUACGAUCACGGCUAUGCACAGAGCCAAUGGGUUGUGGAGCAACUGCUGCGUCGGUUGAUUGCACGGGGAUUCCCAAUUGCAGUUUACCGCCCUGGCUUUAUCACCGGGCACAGUCAGACGGGAGUCUGCAAUCCAGACGAUUUCUUCAGUCGACUGAUACUAGCCUGUGAGCAAAUGGGCUGUUACCCCCGACUGCCAAACCAACGCAAGGAGUUUGUUCCCGUCGACUACGUGAACGGCAUCAUUCUGCAAGUCGCCAAGUUGUCCUCCUCGCCUUCCAAGGGCAGCCAAUUGCUUGGACAUGCGUAUCAUAUCGUCCCUCCAAGCCCAGACGUAUCUAUUGACAUGGAUGAUACCAUGGAACUUGUCGGUCAGGCUUCCGACACGGGGCCUAUAAUCAACGUUGGCUACCAGGAUUGGAUUGAGAAACUGGCCGCAGCACCACCACUGCCUCUGCAGCCGUUGCAGCCUAUGCUUGCCGAAAUCGUCCACAAGGGGAUGACUCGGUGGGAGCUAUAUGAGAACAUGCCAAUCUAUGAUCAAACAAAUGUUGAGCAGGCUUUGGCAACGACUGCUGUUCAAUUUCCGGCGUUGGAUGCAACAUUAAUGGGUAAAUACAUGCAUCAUUUGAAGAUGUCCAACUAG